AUGCCAAAGUUAUAUUCCCCAGCAAAUGCAGAUAUCCCUCUUUCAGAAAUCGACUUAGAACGUCAGGACUCGGCCUUGCACCAGGUUGGUAGCAACUCGAGUAACACCAGCAAUACCAGUCGACCAAGUAUAAACAAUCAGCAAGCAACGUCUGGCUCUACUAUAAGUAACAGCAGUAGCCAUAAUAGUACUGCAGAUACCUUGAGAGCCCCACAGCAGGAUCGCCAGAGCGAAAAAGAUGACCUGCUGACUGAUAGCUCAGAUAGUUCCGACGACGAGCUUGUUGCGCUGAACCAAGUUGUUGGCUCUCUCGAAUCAAAAAAUAUUACCAAAGAACUUAACAAGGGUACGCUCGGUAGUCGUGAUGAUAAUGAUGACGGCCAAGCAAUCUCGCCGCAAGAUUCACACUCUCCAUUCCAAGCUAAUGCAGCAGUGCCACUACAACCAAAUCGUGCAGCAACAACCGUAACUUUCCGCCGAACAGAAACCGAGGACUCAGACUCGGACGGCGACCAACACCACAUUUCAGAUGAGCGUGCACGGCGCCGAAGAGGCCACCGGCACAGCUUGACACCCACCAAGUCGUCGCUAAGUCAAAAGAAAGACGAGUCCGACAACAAGGCUGUGCGGUACUUUCGCAAAAUCUUUCUCAAAGUUUUCCACAUGUCUGUUUUCUUUCGUUGCUUUUUCUACUGGCUGCCAUUAGCCAUUGCAUUUUUCAUUCCACUGGCGGUCGGCGCUUGGGGUCGCAAGGAUGCAUCCAUUGGCCAUGUUCCUCUCAAGUGGUUGUUUAUCUGGGUAGAAGUAGUAUGGGCUGCUGUUUUUGUUUCCCGCAUUGUUGCACACUUACUUCCCGUAGGGUACUACUUUCUCACUUCGAUUUUUGCGCCCAGACUUAAAAAAUACUGUUCCGUUUUGCAGGCCAUGGAAAUCCCUGUGACGCUUGUUUUUUCUUCGCUCAUUGCAGUAUCAACUUUUAUGCCUGUGAUGACGUGGAAAAAGAAUGCCAGCAAAAAGGAUGCAACUCAAACUUGGCAGACAGUGGUGCAAAAUAUUCUUGUUGCCACUUUGAUUUCAAGUUUGGUUUACUGUGCAGAGCGCACAAUUAUCCAUUUGAUUUCGGUAUCUUUCCACAAGAAGCGGUUUGCAAAUCGCAUCAAAGACAAUAAACAUUCUAUUUUUGUCUUGUCUGAGCUCUUGUGUGCAGCAUGCGUGGUGUUCCCGCCCUUUUCACCAGAGUUUAUGGAGGAAGAUAUGAAGCUGCAGAGCGGCAAGUUUUAUUCAUCCAUUUCGGAUGGCCACACGACCAUUUCUAAAAAAAUUGCUACCAACAAGAAAAUUCAAAAACUGUUUGGCAGAGUUAACCGCGCGGUAGAUGCGGCGAGCUCACCGUUUACCCACCACGCUGGAGGUGCAGCAGCAACCUCGCAUUCGCCUGUUGUUGCAGAGAGUGACACAGAAAUUCGCACAUGGUGUAAUAACAUUGUUGCGGAUGCUGUCAAUUCUAAAAAACUCUCAGAAACCCUUGCAAAGCGCAUUUGGCUAUCUUUGGUUCUUGAGGAUGAGGAAGCAUUGACAAUGAACGAUUUACAGGAAGUUUUGGGUCCCGAGAAAAAGAGCGAUUAUGAAAUUGUUUUCCAGACACUUGACAUUGACGGUAAUGGUGAUUUGACAUUGGAUGAGAUGAUUAGUUCUGUGCGUGAAAUUUCGCACGAGCGCAAGUCAAUUUAUCGCUCGCUCAAAGACGUGGACACUGCGAUUGCCAAACUUCACUCUGUACUUUUGUUUGUUGUAUUCAUCAUCAUUGUUAUCAUUUUCAUCGGCAUGCUUUCUCCGAGUGUCACUGCAGUGCUGGCCACGCUGGGAACUACCAUUUUAGGGCUGUCGUUUAUGUUUUCAACAACGGCACAGGAAAUAACGGCGUCGUGCGUAUUUUUGUUUGUCAAGCACCCGAUUGAUGUGGGCGACCGCGUUGAUAUUUUGAGCGUUGCUUAUGUUGUUAAAGAGAUUUCCCUGCUCUCUACUGUGUUUACUCGCGUGUUAGAUGCAACCAUUGUGCAGGCCCCAAAUUCGGUGCUGAAUACAUUGUGGAUUGACAAUGUUAGUCGAUCUGGGCCUCAGGGCUACCAGUUUGAUUUGAUUUUGGGGUUGCCUGAAACCACCAUGUCGCAACUGGAAAGUUUUGAGCAAAGAAUGGUUGAUUUUUGCGAAGAAAACUCGCGCGAUUAUGGCGCAACCCCAUUUUUUUACUGCACCGGGUACCCAGAUUUGGACCGUGUUAAGCUUACAAUUAACGUGGUGUUUCGAUCAAACUUUGCAGACGGGUUGUUGUAUUCCAAGCGUCGCAACAAGCUUAUUCGGUUUGUGGGUAGAUGUAUUCAUGACUUGAAUUUGCAUGUGCCGCGCCGUGAAGACAAUGCGACAGAUCCAGGAUUGCCAAUGUAUUACAACAAUGGAAGAGAUAAUAACGAACUGCCCUUUAAUAAUCCAACCAGAGAAGUCAGGUCAGUUUUGGAACAGGGGCGUAUUGGUGGGAUUACGGGCCGUCGCCAACACCAAGAUAUGUUUAUGAGUCGCUUGGGAGAACGACGUGCACGGAUGGGAUUCCAGGAUGAACAGGCGGCUAUUGAGUAUGGUGAAGAUUGUGUUCAAACCUCGCCGGUGGAGCCCCCCGUUGUUAUUGUUUCUCAACAAGGAGAACCAUCUCAGCCCAAGCUAAGUGUACUUACUAGUAUUAUUCCAGAGGAAGAAGAAGAAGAAGAGGAAGAAGAAAGAAAAGCCAUUGGGGUGUCGAGCGCGGUGGCGUCACCUGUUUCAGUUACAGGCGCAAGACCGCAUGUGCAGGAAAAUAGCUUGACCACAGUGCUAAGCGCCCAGCACAGUGGACUGGAGCGACAUGGAACCACGGCGAGUCGGGCUUCUGGGUCGACUAUGCAAGCUGUGACGAGUCGGACGGGUCGUCGUCGUCGUAGCAAUUCCAAUACGACUGGGUCUUCUGUGACAUGA